UUUUCUCCCCUGCCUUCCUGGCUAAGCGAAGCCUCCAUUCCUUCCUCCUCCCUUUCAACCCCCGUGCCUAUAUAUACCGGCACCACCACCGCGGCCCAACUCCACAUUGCAAUCCACCGCCGCCGCCGACGACGACCGCACACACGGACAGAACAGAGAGUCAGGGACACAGCGACACAGACAGGGUUGAGUCGAGGGGAAAGGUGGUACGACGACAUGGACGUGCACUCGGCGCCGGUGGCGGCGAGGCGGAUGUGGGGGUACCUGCGGGCGGUCUUCUUCAUGAUGCGCAAGGGCAAGCGCAAGCUGCUCCUCGGCGCGCACCUCCUCAUGAAGCGCCGCAACAAGGCCGUCGCCCGCUCCGUCGCCAACCUCCUCUCCCACCACCACCACCACGGCGGCCGCGCGCUCCGCCGCCGCGAGUACGAGUUCUCCUGCGGCGACAGCCCCGACCCGGGCUCCUUCUCCAUGCGCCGCCUCGCCUUCCCCUGCCUCGGCGCCGACGCCGACGAGCCCGGCCGCCUCCGCGCCGACCCCGCCACGCCGCCGCGGCACAUGAUCGAGUACUACGCCAACGCGGCGGCCGCGUCCCCCGCGCCGUCGUCGCCCGGGGCGCUGAUGAUGAUGCACGAGGAGUCCGGGCUCGCGCUGGGGGAGGAAUGCACGCCGGCGGGGAUGUCGCCGCUGGUGCCCGGCGCGGCCGACGGCGGGUUCUCGGUGCGGGUGUCCAACUUCUCGUCGGACGAGGUCGACGCGGACCAGCUUGGAGGCGAGGCCGUGGACGACGAGGCGGAGGAGUUCAUCGCCCGCUUCUACGCCCAGCUGCGCCGCCAAAACCAGACCGGGCUGCUCCCAUACUACCUCCAGGAAGCCGCCGCGUGAUCGGCGUGCCGAUGAAGUUGCCUACCCUCGACGGCAUUGUCCGGCGGGGCCUGCCGGAGAUCGAUUCCAUGAUUGCUUGGACGGGCGACCGUGCGCACGCAACGUACGGCGCAUGCAUGCUUGUCCAUGGCUGGCAUGCGUGUGUCGGGGGACAGGAAUGGAAUACGUCGUGGGCACGAAUGUGUAGCAGUUACAUCAUCAUGUAUAUACAUGCACGUACGUACGAUUGCGCAUGCGUGACAGCGUGGGCAUGCAUGUACCCUCUUCUUUUUCUGCAUGUAUGUAUGUAUGUCAGUGUAAAGAUGUGGAUCGGGUCCUGGAUGGUUUUUAGUUACUGGGACUAAGUAAAGUUUACUUUGCAUACUGUA